AAUGUCCUUCAGUUGUUUACAUCUUGACCUCAUCUUUAGUCACCGGUGAACUUGCAUUGAAAAAACUCAAAAUGAAGCACAUCCUUGUGUUCUUUGUGCUUCUUCAUCUGACAUUCUCUUCAUCAGUUUGUAAAAAGGAAUUUGAAGAAACAGUUUGUGAAAAUUUCAACUUUUCCUCCGACUUAUUACACAGCAAUGAUACCAACAAAUUAACAAUUCGAAACGCCCAAGGCUCUAUAAUCCCCGAAAAUUUUGCAAAAUUGUACCAAUUAACGGAAAUGAAAAUCACUGAAAGUACAAUAACAAGUGUGAAACCCGGAGUUUUGUGUUCUUUACCCAACUUGACUUCGAUUACAAUUUCAAACAAUUGUCAGUUUCCGAAAAUUACCAAGGACGUCUUCCAGGGGUGUCAAAACAUCAAAAGAAUUAAUCUAGACGGAUCCAAUCUUCAAAUUGAAAAUACUGCAUUUAUCGACGCUUUGGAGCUUCAAACUUUGACACUAAACGAUACAAUUUUUCCUUCACGGUUGGCAGGCCUAGACUCGAUGAAAUCCCUAACUAUCCAACAUUCAAACUGUACAAUAAUCGAAAAAGACGCGUUUACAAACUUGAAAAAUUUGAAAUUUUUGGAUUUACAAUACAACAAAAUUCAAACUAUAGCAGUGGGGAGUUUUGAACAGUUGAGCCAACUGAAAGUGUUAAAUUUGGCCGACAACGAAUUGGAUUUGACUUGGGACGAAUUUAAUGGUUUGAAAUCGUUAAAAGUUUUGUUUUUGGAACGGAACAAUUUUAGAAAAGUUAAUGUUUCGAAGUUGGUAGCGAGUGUUCCGAAUUUGGAGCGGAUUUUCUUCAGUUACAAUCAAUUGGAGCCAGAAAGUCGCAAACAAAUUGAAGAAAUCCUUCCCAAAUUGAAUGUCACAUUUAUUUAUGGUUUUAGUGAAAUAAAUCAGUAAUUUCGAAUGUAAGAGUUUUACUGUCCAGAAUUUAAAUCUAGGAUUUUUGUUUUUUACUUACCGUUGCCAACAUAACACU